AUAUCAUGAAGACCGGAGACAGAUAAAAUAAGAGCGGCUGCUUUCUUGUAUACAAUAAAGUGGCCAGAUGGAAAGAUAUGGGUUCCAAAUACUGUAAGAUUUCUUUCCUGCCAUUGGCAUGUCACUGCUUCCAGCUCUCCCACCAACGUACUUGAGUCGAGUCAAUUUGACCAAAGUGUCAACAAGUAUACUGCAUUUCUUUAUCUUUUUUAAAGUCAUAUUGUGCUUCCUUAUCCGUUGGUUUCUCUUUCGAUAUCAGAUAAUGCGAUCCAUCAUAAUUACUACGAAGGAUAAAAUCCAAACGUUACUGGGCAAAAUCCUUACUGUUUUCUUUCAAUUUCUUGAUGACCGCAGAAUAGUAUUCAGUCCUCUUAACAAAAAAGUCUUUGCUAUUGAGAGUUUCUUCUGGUCCAAGAUCCUUGAGAACAAUUUUGGACGACUUGUUGUGAUUUAGGUAAGUUGAAGAAUAAUAAUAUAAAUAAAAGAAAUAAAGGAGAAAUAAAAGAAAACGGACAGAAGAAGUACAUUGAGACUUGUCAAUAAGUUUUUAUUAAGAGUUAAGUUCAAUUAUGGUUCAAGUAUACAAAAUAACCGUUAAUAGUAUAAAAAUAUUUAUAUAUUUUGUGGAUAAGGAUGAUGAGUAAUAAGAAGAUAAA